AUGCAAGCGAAAGGACGCAAACAGAUUGAUGGAUUCGAGGGUGCUGCACAGCGGAUGCAGGCAGACUGGAUCGACGCCGAGGCAGAGGCGACCUGUUGUUCUCAGCACGGCCUUAGACAGAAGAGAGGCUUCUACGCCACUUCUCACGCAAAGCGAGACCGAGUCAAGCGGCCCGUUCGGAAAGUGGCGUGUCAGCCUUCCCCUCGUGCCUCUCCCUUUCGUAGCCGCCGUUUGCAUCAGUAA